AUGGUGAACAUGGUCUUCCAAACUUCUGGCGAUGAAUUCCAUGAGAUUGAGGAGACCUACAUGCAAGGCGAAUCUGUGGUGCGUGUUGUGGAUUUUGGAAGUGGCAAGAUGCGCAUCCUUGGUGGCCGAUGGACCGAGAUCGAACGUGGCAAGCAAGAUGCGAUGCAUCUACGACUUGCUGCAACCUUCAACUCCAUCGAGGACUUCGAGAACCCGCAGUUCGACCUCAGAGCCAAGGAUGAUGACCACGAUGAUGCAUGCUCUCUGCAAGAUUUUCUUCAAGAUCUACGUGCUGCCGAGCGCUAUGAGGAAAUAAUCUCCGAGGUCCAAUUCACCGACGACGCCUCUGAAAAUGAGUUCGUUGAUGUUGAGACCUAUGUGAAUGUGGAUGAGCAGAUCCCUGAGGAGCACUUUCAUGCCCAUGAGCUGACCGAACGCACUCAAUGCUCAAUGUCGAAGACCUGGUCAUGGAUUCAGGGUCAAUUGGUUGAAACCUCCAAGAAAGCAGCCCAAUUUGCCUAUGAAGGCAACCAUCAACAUGCCCGAAUUGAAGGUGGAAGCCGUUGCAAGAAGGCUGAGAAUUACCAAUGCGAGCUUGCCUGGAAUUUAGUUCGUACCCUUCUUGAAGAUGAGGAUUUGUCGGAACAGGCCUAUACUGUUCAACAAGACGCCGAAACUCAAGAGCUGACUGGAGUUCUUCGAAAACUUGGCACAAGGCAUGGCUCUGAAGCGGUGUGUAUUACCUACCGCCUCCAUCGAAACCUUGGGCAUCCGAGAAAGGACACUUUGGUCCGUAUGCUGCAGGCCAAGAAUGCCGACCCGAAGGUCAUUGCUGCAGCCAAAGCCCUUGAGUGCCCUUACUGCAACAAGUUUUCUUCCAGGAAACAAUCAGCUCCAGCUCAUGCCGAGCGUCCCAUGGACUUCAAUGAGCAGCUUCAGGCCGACACCCUGUGGUUUGAUUUGAGCUCAGUUGAGCCUGAUGCCCCUUCUGACAAAGUUUCCAAGCGGAAGGUUAGCAUGUUGGUCAUGGUCGUUGGAACCACCACAUACAGCUGCAGAACCACAUUGGGCGUUCUCGACGCGGCCUCUUUGGCUUUUACGUGUCUUGCCUCUGGACAACGAUUUCAGAGGGCCCUCUUUUGA